CUUCCGUCUGCCCCUUUCACAGGUCACUUAUGUCUGGGGGACCGGAAGCCGCCUUCUCCGGUGAUGAUGUGUUUGUGAGCCGCUUCCCGGUGCACCGCGCCUGUCGGGAUGGAGAUGUCGGGGCUCUGGUCCUGCUGUUACAGCAGCUGUCAAACCGCAUCCAUCUGACUGCGGAGGACUCCUUCUACGGAUGGACCCCCAUACACUGGGCUGCCCACUAUGGACAGCUGGAGUGCGUGGCACACCUGGUGCAGAUGGGUUGCGAGGUGAACAGAUUGACCAGCCGGUUCAACCAGACUCCGACACACACUGCAGCAUUUGGAGGACAUCCUCACUGCGUGGUGUGGCUCACUCAGGCGGGAGCUGAUGUCAACAAGCAGGACUUGGUAGGUGAGGCUCCCAUUCACAAGGCGGCUCGCUCAGGUAGCUUGGAGUGUAUCCAGGUGCUUUUGAUAGCAGGCGCUAAACCGCAUUUAAAGAAUGCCAGCGGGCAGACGGCGGCAGACCUGGCCCACGCUCACGGCUUCCACGACUGCUUCUGCAUCAUCUCCAACGCCCAGAGGCACCUGCACCAGCGCGGCGGGCUCGGAGUGAGCAUAGUGCCGAAUGGAAACGGUGCCCCCUGUGGUCAGGGCCCGCUCAGCAGAAAGAGGCAGCUGGCUGCCGUGGACUCGGGCCACAUGAAGAAAGCCAGGGGAGCUGAUGGUGUGCUGGUGCAGGUGCAGAGCUGUGUGCAUGAGCAGCUGGAGGGCAUGAACCUGGAGAUCAGCUCAGAUUUGGCCAACGGCCAUCAUCACGCAUCGCCUCCUGCUGCCUACGACGAGCCUUUGCUUCCAAAGAGCGCCCUCUCUCCGGCCUCUCAGACUCCAGCACCACCUCAGCGAGCUUUGGCUGAAAUGUGUGGCUCACUGCACCUGAGCAGCAGCCCCUGCAGCUGCGCCUCCGACUGGCCGGCCUGCCCGGGGCCGACGGGGGCAGACCGUGGGGAUUUCCUGUAUUACGGACACUACCACGGCUUCGGCGAUACAGCGGAGGAGCUGAGCGAGAGCAGCUGCAUCCAAGCUGAGCAUCGAUCGGCAGGCUGCGGAUAGCACCGUCCACUUCUCCCACGCCUCAGACACACAGGGUUGGGCUGUGAUAUAGCAAACUUUCAGGAUUACUGCCACAGUCAGCUUAGUCUCCUGUCAUACUCCUGACACUUGGCACUGUAUCCUGUGGCCUCAUUCAGCAGGUGGAGCUGGUUUAUGAAAGAUCCAAAAAUAAUCUUGUAAGCAAUCAUCCCCUAAAAUAUAUACCGUGUAUGUUGGUACGCUGAAAAUGUCAUGUUGAAGGACUACACUACACUCAGACUACAGUGAACUUUGUUCCAUUCCUCGUAUACUCACACUCAGCAACGGUUCAGGGUCUCUAAAGGCCCGUUCUCUCUCCACACCAUCAGUCAGAGGUGACGAGAUGGUACAAAGGAUGCGAUACUGUGAUACUGUUGUACUUGUCUGUGUUCUACUUCCAGUACAGAUGUACCUUUCCAAAGAAAAAGGCCUGUAAUCAUACUCUCAUUCUCAGCAGAGGGUGGAGUUUUCUCAGCUGUAUCUUUCAUGAAACAGCAGGUGGUGCUCUGGAUGCUCGGUCUCCAUCCAUCAUCGGUCAGAAACAAACCUUCCUGAGCCCCCUGCUAAUCACCAGGUGGCCUCACUGUUGCACUGAAGGCUGUCAGGUUGCGUGUCUGCACAGAGGUUUAGGUGGGAGCUGUCCUGUGCUCCACCCUGUUGUCACUGCUCUGCACUGAGGCUGACGCUCCCAGCAAACCAAAGGAUUGUGUAAUCACUCUGAGUGUUAACUCCCUCCUGGUUUGUGUUUUCCAGUCUCAGAGCGUGCUGAGACAGCGGUGGAACGAUCAAAGUGGCCUUAACACCAACCAGGCUUUGCUGCAUACCUGCAUUUGUACUCAAUAAAACCUGUUUUACACUUUUUCACAAAA